UGACGACAUGUUCUUCGACUAUAUAUAGGAAUCGGCACUCGGCUCACUUCAGACAUUUAGCUGCUUGUUGUUGUGAGAAGGUCUUGUUCGUGUGUGUCUGUGGAAAAUGCGCGAGAUUGUUCACAUCCAAGCCGGUCAGUGUGGUAACCAGAUCGGUGCUAAGUUUUGGGAAGUGAUAUCUGAUGAACACGGGAUUGACCCGACUGGCACAUACCAUGGUGACUCUGAUCUUCAACUGGAACGUAUAAAUGUUUACUACAAUGAAGCGACUGGUGGGAAGUACGUGCCUCGUGCUGUCCUAGUGGAUUUGGAACCUGGGACUAUGGAUAGUGUUCGUGCGGGACCAUUCGGUCAGUUAUUCCGUCCUGAUAACUUUGUGUUCGGGCAAAGUGGUGCAGGCAACAAUUGGGCAAAGGGUCAUUAUACGGAAGGUGCUGAGUUAGUGGACUCAGUGUUGGAUGUUGUUCGGAAGGAAGCGGAAUCGUGUGAUUGUCUUCAAGGCUUCCAACUUACUCAUUCUCUUGGUGGUGGGACAGGAUCUGGAAUGGGUACGCUUAUGAUUUCAAAGAUUCGUGAGGAGUAUCCUGAUCGUAUCAUGAACACAUUUUCGGUAGUUCCUUCACCGAAGGUAUCUGACACUGUUGUGGAGCCUUACAAUGCGACUCUGUCAGUUCACCAGCUAGUGGAAAAUACCGACGAGACAUUCUGCAUUGACAACGAGGCGUUGUACGAUAUAUGCUUCCGCACACUGAAACUGACCACGCCUACUUAUGGUGAUUUGAACCACUUGGUAAGUGCAACGAUGUCGGGAGUAACAACGUGUCUUCGUUUCCCUGGUCAACUGAAUGCCGAUUUGAGGAAACUAGCGGUCAACAUGGUGCCGUUCCCUCGACUUCACUUCUUCAUGCCUGGGUUUGCUCCACUGACCAGUCGUGGUAGUCAACAGUACCGGUCUCUCACAGUUCCAGAGCUAACUCAACAGAUGUUUGAUGCGAAGAAUAUGAUGGCUGCGUGUGACCCACGUCAUGGACGAUACCUAACAGUUGCAGCAAUGUUCAGAGGCCGCAUGUCGAUGAAGGAAGUUGAUGAACAAAUGCUGAACGUGCAGAACAAGAACUCGAGCUAUUUUGUUGAAUGGAUACCGAAUAACGUGAAGACUGCUGUAUGCGACAUACCGCCUAGAGGUCUGAAGAUGUCGGUCACUUUUAUUGGUAAUAGCACUGCUAUUCAAGAGCUGUUCAAGCGUGUUAGUGAACAGUUUACUGCGAUGUUCCGACGCAAAGCUUUCUUGCAUUGGUAUACGGGAGAGGGGAUGGAUGAAAUGGAGUUUACUGAAGCGGAGUCCAACAUGAAUGAUCUGGUGAGUGAGUAUCAGCAGUACCAAGAUGCGACAGCGGAAGAAGAGGGAGAGUUUGAGGAGGAGGAGAAUGAAGAGGCUUGAUUCAAUGUGAAUCUAGAACUGAGUGAAAUAAAUCUUUGUGCAUGUGA